AUGGCACCUGGACUCACCUCAGAUGUCCCAAUCCAUUCACUGCCAUCCGAAAAUGACAAUGAUGGCACAAAGAAAAGGGCAUCUUAUGUAAGAGAACCAUUGAAGCUGAGUGGCGCAAUGGACAAGUUCGAAUUUGAGGAAACAACACCCGUCAUCGGCCGCGAGUUUCUCAACGUCAACAUCGUCGACGACCUCCUUAACGCUGAGGAUUCAGACGCCUUGCUGCGCGACCUCGCUAUCAUUAUCUCCCAACGAGGUGUGGUCUUCUUCCGCGCCCAAGACAACCUCACCAACGCCCUGCAAAAGCAACUCAACCACCGCCUCGGCCUCUUGAGCGGCAAACCCUCCACCUCAACCCUACAUGUCCACCCGAUCUUAAACAACACAUCCGAGUUCGGCGUCGACGACGCCGAAAUCAGCACCAUCAGCUCGGUAGCGCGCAAGAAGCUCUUCUCGCACGAGCAGCAACGCAACAAGCGCCACUACGACUCGGCACAGUGGCACUCGGAUAUCCAGUUUGAGCCCGUGCCCGCAGACUACACUUCCUUGCGCUUGACGAAGCUUCCCAAAACUGGGGGUGAUACCCUGUGGGCUUCCGGGUACGAGAUCUACGACCGCUUUUCGAAGCCGUACCAGAAAUUCUUCGAGGGGCUCACAGCGACGUUCGUGGGGGAGGGGUUCAUGAAAGCCGCGGCCGCGAAUCCGGAGGAGGUGAAGAUUUACGAGAAGGCGCGUGGGAGUCCGAAGAAUGUCGGUAGGGAUCUGAGCGCGGUGCACCCCGUCGUCAGGACGAAUCCGGUUACGGGAUGGAAGAGCAUUUUUGCCAUCGGGCCGUUCCCGCAGUAUAUUAAUGAGCUGGAGCCCGAUGAGUCGGAGGAGCUCUUGGAGAAAUUUUUGGAUGUCAUUUACAAGAGUCAUGAUUUGACGGUUAGGUUUAAGUGGAGCAAUGAGAAUGAUAUUGCGAUUUGGGAUAACAGAAGUGCGUUCCACACUGCCACUUUUGACUAUGAGGGUCUUGGUGAGCGCUUUGGAAACAGGGCGGUUGGUAUUGGGGAGGUGCCAUACUUGGAUCCAGCAAGCAAGUCGCGGACCGAAGCACUAGCAGAGGGUGCAUAA